AUGAGUUCUCAAAACAGCUACGUCAAUGCUUCCCGGAGCUCCCUCCCUUUCAGCGCAGGCACUACCUCUACCUCCGCGGUCCGAUCGCGCCCUCGCCGACUGGUCUCGUUCGUUGAGGAUGAGGAGGGAGGGACCAACACCAGCGAUGAUAACUAUUCACACCUUGACUCCCAGCCGUUCACGUCGGGUCUAUCGACGACCCUCUCAGCGAAUGUGGGAGCCGCGCGAUCUCGAGGUCCCAGUCCGUCGCCGCUCCUGUCUCGCGGCAGCUCCCCACUGCCAAUGAAACACCCCUCGCGCGUUACGCAAUCCGUCAACGGAAGCCGCAGCGAAGAAUCAUCGACGUUAAGUUGGCAUCAAUUUGCAAACUCCUCGUCUUCGAAGGGCGCUGCAGACUUUCUGGACUCGUCGUGGUCCUCCCUGCAGAAUUUGGCAUCCUCGGUGCUAGGUAGCGACACGGGCCGCAAUGCGACCAAUGUUGGGUCGAAGAGCCAUUCGCGGAGGAAACCCUCGCGGUCAGAUGUAUAUCACCGAAGUAUUCCCCGGUCCACGCCGACCGCAUGGGGCCCAUCAGCACCAAACAAUUCCGAGAUUGGGACCGGGACCCAAGAGGAACGCCAGGCUUUGGUGCAAGCCAAAAAGCGAGAAGCGCUUCUCCUUGCAGAAUCCGAUCCCAUCACGAGCGCUGCUUUCCGUCACAAGCGGCGGGACUCUGGAGAUUACUUUGGCCAACCCCUCGAUCAAGACCACGAGGAAGACGCCCUCGCGUAUAUACACCAGGUCCAAGCAAGCGACAGUAUUACCGGAGUGACAAUCAAAUAUGGAUGCCAGCCCGCCAUAUUUCGCAAGGCGAACGGUUUUUGGCCCAAUGACAACAUCCAAAGUAGGAAGACGGUGCUCCUUCCAGUCGAUGCCUGUAGCGUGAAAGGCAGGCCUAUUGCGCCUCCACAGGAAGAUCUCAUGACUCUUGGUUCAGAAGACGCCACUGGGAGCUCCAUCACGCCAGUCAACAACCCCAUGAAUGGCUCUGUGUCGAAUUUGCAGGCACCAACGCCGUCGGAAACAGACCGCAAUCAAAUCUGGAAGCAUGAGUCUUGGGUGACUAUUGACGGGUUUCAGGCCCCAGUUCAAAUUGGUCGAGUGCCACGCAAAGCCUUGGGCUUCUUCCCCCGUACACGUCGGAAAUCUGUAUCCUAUACCGACGAGGAGCCUUUCCAAGACGACCCGUUCAGAGAGCCAAUGAGUGCGCAGUCCUUUCACGCUCUCCAGACUCCUCCCGUCGAUGACGCUUCACCUCGUGCUCCCUCGCGUCAAGCCGGUCAAUCGAAGCCCGUCCGGCCGCAACACCGCCGUCGGAGCAGCAGUGUGCAUUUGAUUGGGACCGGUGUUGGCACACUUGAUCGGACCUCCACCGCACCGGGGCCUGCCUUGGAUGGCUUGAGUAAGUUUGUUUCCCAACACAUGCCGAACUUGGUGCCCCCUCCGAUGCCCGAGAAUCUUCGACGGUCUUCGUUUGGGUCUGAGUCCACGACCACGUCCAAUACAUCCACUGGCCUGGAAAACAUUGGCGGGGCUAUUGGCGGGGCUGUCGAAGGCUGGAUUCGAAAGGUCGCGACUCGCACUAAAGCCGGGAUCAAUGAGCUCCAACAAGGGUCCGGCUCCCCAGGUGACCGAACAGCCGGCCGCAGUCGUGGUCUUUGGGGGCUUGGAGAUCUGAUCGAGCUGGACGACGCGCCUGAAGAUCAUCGUCCGUCCCCCUCCACUUCUCGAGGUACCUUUUCUUCUCGGCGGGGAGAGCCAGUCCCGAGCUCCACAUCCUCGUCCUAUCGAUUGACAGGACCCUCGGCUGUUGCGACGAGCAGGUCUCGCGCAACCGGUCUCGAUCUGGGAUCGAGGGCAGAUCAGGGGCGAGCCAAGGACGACUGA